AUGAAAACAUCCAGAGCCAGAGCCAUAUCUGUGCACGGACUACGAUCCAGGCUGCCUUCUGUUUGGUGGAAACAAGCUGAAGGGAAGAGAGAGACUGAUCGCAGUUUCGUGACAAAGAGUUCUAUCAUGGAGUUUCCAGACCUGGGGGAGCACUGCUCUGAAAAAACAUGUAAACGUCUCGAUUUUCUUCCCAUGAAAUGUGAUGCGUGUCAAGAAAUAUUCUGUAAAGACCAUAUAACCUACGCAAACCAUAGAUGCACCUCCUCCUACAAGAAGGAUGUCCAGGUGCCUGUGUGCCCACUCUGCAACAUCCCCAUCCCAGUGAAAAGAGGGGAGAUGCCGGAUAUCAAAGUCGGUGAACACAUUGACAGAGACUGCAAGUCGGAUCCAGCGCAGAGGAAAAGAAAGAUUUUUACAAACAAAUGCUCAAAAGGCGGCUGUAAGCUGAAGGAAAUGAUAAGGGUGACAUGUGAUCAAUGUCAUUUAAAUUACUGUCUUAAGCACCGUAACCCAUUAGACCACGAUUGUAAGACUGAUGGGAACCCCGUGUCCAAAUCUGGGCAAGCUGCGUUAAUGAGAUCUCAUGGUGCUUCCUCUACCUCAACCUCUGGGUCGAGUUCGUCCUCCUCAGGGAGCUCCAGACCUGUGUCUAGACCUGUGUCUAACGGAGUCAGCACAAGUAUCAGAAGCAGCACUCGCGCAACUCCGCGAAUCCCAACUUCAGUUUCAGCACAUAGCGUUAUACCUCCUUCGGCGUCUUUCCAAGCUGGCAUGACGGAAGAGCAAGCGUUACAAAGGGCUCUGGAGAUGUCUUUAGCAGAGACCAGACCAGCCGUCCAGCCCACUCUAAGCCCUCAGGAGCAGGAGGAUCUGGCUCUAGCUCAGGCUCUUGCUGCCAGUGAAGAAGAAUACCGCCGUCAGCAGCAGCGACAACAGGGCAGAGAAUCCAAACAGUCGAGCUGCAGCCUUUCUUAA